AUGGAAUGGUUGUCUCUAUACUCCCUUGCUGUCUCCCCAUGCGGCCUUCUUACUUUUCUGCCACUGGGCGGGAGUCUGUCGUUGGCAGAGGCAGGGCCCUUGGCUAGCUGCUACCGGCUUUUCGCUGUCCUGCAGCACCAAGGGGCGUCGGCUGCUUCUGGCCACUACACAGCAAUCAUUCGGGAUGUCAGAUACCGCAGCAGCAGCAACACCAGCAGCAACACCAGCAGCAACACCAGCAGCCGUGUUCCUGCUGAAACUGAUGCAGGGGCAGCUGCCACACCACCGUUACACCGCGAAGCCCUCGCAGCUAUUGCCACUCAGCAGCACGGGAGGUUCCCGUUGCACCCUCCAGCGGGCGCUGCGUCUCCUGCUGCUGCUACUACUGCUGCUGGUGGAGCGGGCGUGACUGUGUAUGGUGGAGCUGCAUCAUCGCAACCGCCGCAGCAAUCCAUAGUGCAGCAGCAGCUGGAGCAGGACCAGCACCAGGCCCCUUCGAACAGAUACACGCAACCGUCGAUGCAGGCCGUGCUUACCUCCAUAGACUGCGGCGAAAGCUUGCAGCAGCAGAAACAACUGCUGCACCAGCAGCAUAGGCAGCAGAUGCUGGAACAGAUCCGAAAACGUGGGUCAGGGACUUAUGGGAGUGGGUCUACCGCAGUUGCACCUGUUGUGGACCUUCAGCAGCAUCAACAGCAGCAUAUGGUUCCUCCUGUUGGAGCUGCAACUGGAACUGGAUCAGGUUUGCUGCAGGCUGAACUGGUCAGCAAUGGCAGUGAUAGUAUAGGGUGCAGCAGCUACCGCAGCAGCGGCAGCACCAGCAGCCAGGGGAAUGGAGGCCAGCUGGAGCCGCCAACAGUUAGCAGCAGCAGUAGCAACAAAAGCAGCUUCAACAUUCGUCGUAGUCGUCGGGCUUCAGUCCGGCGGCAACAGUUUUCUCCUGCCUCCGACGGCGAGGUUUCUGCUGUUCCCACUGGGCCCAAAGGGGGCAGUGGCAGCAACAACGGCAGCAGCAACAACAACGACAACAACAGCAACAACAACAACAACAGCAACAACAACAAAAGCAGCACGUAUAGCACAGGGUGUCAAGACCCCGACUUAGCAAUCGCUGCAGCAGAGGCUGCAGCGGAGCGUCUUGCUGCAGACCUCGAAAGCGAUGAUGACUGGGAGGUAGCAGAGACGCACGUAGCAGCAGCAUUCGAGGUGGAGCCCGAGCAGGUGCCGCGGCAACUGCAGAGAUUGCUGCAGCAACAGCAGCAGCAACAGCAACAACAGCAGCAGCAGCAACAAGCUGCAACUACUUGGUCUAGCCCGGAGUUAGGGGGGGAGCGGUGGCCUUGGGUGUACUUCAACGACAGUUGUGUCACUCGCUUCUCCUUUCCUUCUGGGUCCGAAGAGGAGGGGAAGCAGGAGCAGCAGUAUGACAGCAGCCUCUGCAUCGCCGACGAAGUCCAGCUUUUGCAACAGCAGCAGAAUACUCCUCACUCCAUACCUUCUGCUCCGCUGCAGCAGCAACAGCAGCAGGCGGAUAACAGCAGUUACUUGCUGAGCAGGACAGUGCACAGCGUCACUUACAUCCGUGGCGACAUCGUUGCUUCUCCCGAAGACCCCCCGCUGCCCCCCGCGCUGGAGGCCUUUGUACAUGCAGAGAACGAACGCCUCUUUAGCCGCCUGCGAGAGCAGGAAGAGCGUACGCAGUUGUUGACGAGUUUUGUGCUGCAGCAGCAAUCGUUUAUUUCUCAUUUGCUGCGGCAGCAGCUGCCUGCAGCGUUGCGGCAGUUGGAACUGCAGCGUCAGCACCAGGAGACGCAGCAGGCGUUUGCUGUGGCUGCUGCUGUUGCUGAAACGGGGGACAACUUUGCUGCGGAUGCAGUUGAGAAGCAGCAGCUGUUGCCGUUGUUGCAGCAGCUGGCGUUUGUUCCUAAGAGCUGGUGGGCUUCCUUCGUUAGAGGCACAGACUACCCGUGCGUCUCACUGCUGCUGCCGCAGCAUCUGCGGCCUCCCCGGGACAGCGCAAACAGCAACUCCUACCUCCAUAGUGCAACAGAUAAGUCUGGAAAGGCUGGUGUUGCUACUGGACCGCCACCGCAGCAGCACCAGCAGGAACAGCAGCAACAUGGAGAUACUCAACUUGAACUGGACGACUCAGAUGCGGUGCCGCAGCAGCAUCACGUGCAUCAGCAACAGCAGCACAAGAAAAGCCCCAAACGAGGCAGCACCGCCUGGACUGCUGCUGUCUGCCCAGAAGUGCUCGAAGAAGCCGGGGUCGUUGACUACAGCAGCAUUCUCUGUCCUCAUUAUAUCCGGCAUCUGCAGCAGCAGAGGCGGAACGGCAAGCGACCGUCAUUCUGGGCAGCAAGUGACAGCAGCAACAACAACAACAGCAGCAGUGAGGUGGGGCAACCAUACGGGAUCGACCCCCUCGCUGUGUGGAGUGGAGAUGCCAAGCUCAUUCCUGUUUCCGUGCUUAAGUCAAUAUACAAUGCAGUGGGGUUGCGCGCUUCUGUGGAGACGCCGCUGCUGCAGCAGGCUGUCUGCAGCAGAUGUGCAGCAGCAUUGAGAGGUCUGGCCGACCUGUCGGCGUUGCAGCACAGAGAGGUCGAUCUCUUCGUUUCGGCUGCCAAGCAGCAGCAUCUCAUUGCUGCUGGCGCAGCUGCUGCCAUGUCAAUCCCUGCCCCUAUUGGGACGCAGGAACUAGCUUUGGCUGCUGAUUCAGCAGCAGUUGUUGCAGCGAACGGCGGCUCGUUACAAGUCGAAGAGCAGCGUACGCUGGAAGGCUGCUACCAGAACACCCCAACAGCGCAACCGCCUGCCCUCACUGACGAGGGACAGCAGCACCAGCUUUUGCAGAAAAUGCAGCAGCCGCAGAUGAAGGUCGAGCAGGAGGAAUUCGUGCUUGUUUCUCGCCGUGUUCUUCAACACAUGCUGGGGCAGCAUGCAGUGUACCUGAGUAGUUGCAGUACAGCAGCAAGGGAUGGGCCACGGGGCGGUCCCCUGAUGACACUGCUUGCUGCUGCCGCCGCAACGCAGCAGCAGCGCGGGUCCAGAGGAAGUAAAUGCAAAACUCGUAGAGUAUGUGGAGACAGCGCAUUUGCUUGGGCUGCGUACGAAGAUGUUCGCAAGGAGGUUUCUUCCCAUCGCGUGUGGCCCUUAGAAGAGGAGGCCCACCCUGCCGUUGCUGCAGCAGCAGCAGCAGUUGCUGCUCACCCUUCGGCUGAUGCUUCGGCAGGCCACGCUGCUUCCGGAACAGGAAAAAGAGGCGAUGGCGCAGGCGCUGCAACGCAUGCUGAAGGAGGCGCGCCAACAUACGGACAUGCUGUUGCUGCUGUGGAAGAUGGCGCUGCUGUGGCUGCUUGUCCCGUCUUGGAUGUGUCGUCGGAGUUGAUCUGUUCCCAUGGGAAUUUGCUGCCGCUUCCAUUGCAGCACUCGAAGCAGAAGCUGUCUCCCCGAUUGUUGGUCCCGGCCGUUGCGUUGUUGCGAUAUCUUUCGGUGGAGACGGCAAAAUGGCCUUUAUUGAAAGAACUCGAAGUGCCACAGCCCCUGGUCCUCUCUGCUUCACGACUCGUUCCGCAGAGCGCUUCGGAGUGCACAGUCUGCCUUUCUGAACAGCAGCAGCAGCAGCAGCAGAGGCAGCGAUGGCGGCAUCGCAUGAAAGAGGAGGAGAAGGUCCUUGGCGCCGUUCUUGGAAAUCGCUGGACAGUGAAGCGCGAGCCCCUUCAUGGAACUUCCAAAACGCAUGCGGCGCUUCCGCGGGCUGGAGUUUACCAGAUGGUCCCAGAGGAGUGGCGGUCUCAGUGGCAGCAGUUUGUAGCUUCUCCUGACGAAGAGACAGGGAUGGAUUUGCGCCCCCCGCCGCUUGAUGUCUCUGCUCUGAUCUGCGACUGCGCGAUACCUGGCCUCAAAGUGGAUCCCACGGAUUCUGUCUUGUCUUCAGCUUUUCUUUGUUCUCCACCUCCCUCUGAGUCUGCGGUGUAUCUGCUUGUUCAUGAAUGCCACUUCGGCAUGUUAGAAAGCCUCGGCUACUCCGGCUUCAACAGCGGGGAAGCUGCGCGAGCCACCCUCCGCGUCUCAUUGACGCCUCCAGGACCUCGCCCGACAGCCCCAGUCUUCUCGUUUCCUCACCUCAAACCAUGCCCUUCUUGCGUUCCCAGGCUGCGUAUGCAGCCCCAGGGCCUCUAUGACUUCCCGCCCGUCGAUCUACCCAUACACCUUGCCGCCAAUUGCCACCACGCCGCCGCGACUGCUGUCGCGACUGUCCAACAGCAACAGCAGCAACAAACGAACCAGAAAGGCAGCAGCAGGGGCCGUUCUGCUCAAGGAUCGAGGCUAUUCUCGAGAAGAAUGAUGACCGAGGUUUCCGGAGCCACACCGGUCGACUGCGCUGUGGCGUCAGUGGUAGCGGCAGUCACCGAGGCUUCGGAGUCCGUCCGGCGCGUGAGGGUAGCUUUACGAGUACCUGGUACUUCGGUCCUGUUCGCCGCACCAGAUCUUACUUGCUCUGAUACUGCUGAUGCUAAGGGCGGUGACGGAGCGGCGGGAGGGGCAGUGGGUUUGUCGGGUGUGGCAGUGCAUGCUAUAGGCGGCAAGCCCCGUUACAUCGAGCUCUCUGGCUUGGCGGCUUUAGGAAGCGGCAGCCUCCGGAUGCGCCAGCUAGGUGUGAGAGUUGACACGGACUGCUGCAUACACUACACUGUAGAUGGUAGCGACCCUGUACGGUGUGAGGACCAAGUGGAAGGGAUGCCCCAGGCAGCGCAAGAACUGUCGCAGCAGAUGCAGAUGCAGCAGGCAGCUCCCCUGACUGAGCUGUCGGUGGAAUUCACAAGUUUCACUAGCUGCAGCAACAACAGCACGAUCAGUGGCGGCAGCCUCAACAGCGGUGGAAGCUGCAGCAGUAGUGACGGAGCCAACAGCAGCAGCAACAAGAGCAGCACCACCAGUAGCUGUGGAUCCCCUGGGCUUCCUGCGAAGACCGAGGCCCUUACACAAGAAACGCCCUUUCCAGUGGCGCAUUCUUCUUCACCGCAGCACCAGAUGUAG